UCCUUCUCUCCCCAGGGCUGUCCUCCUGACUUAGAGGAUGUCUCUGACCCUGUGCGUUUCUGCCUGUCCCCAGAGCCCACGGUGGUGUUUGCCAAGGAGCAGCAGGCACGCAGUGAGGUGCAGGCCGAGGCGGGGGCCAGUGCCACGCUGAGCUGCGAGGUGGGCCAGGCCCAGACGGAGGUGACGUGGUACAAGGACGGCAAGAAGCUGAGUGGGAGCUCGAAAGUGCGCGUGGAGGCCAAGGGCUGCACCCGGCGUCUGGUGCUGCAGCAGGCGGGGAAGGUGGACAGCGGGGAGUACAGCUGCGAGGCCGGGGGCCAGCGGGUCUCCUUCCGCCUGGUUGUCACAGAGCCGGAACAUGAGCCCCCAGUCCUGGAGAGACCUGGACGAAACGAGCCUCUGGUGGUCAGGGAACACGAGGAUAUCGUCCUGACUGCCACGCUGGCCACACCCUCUGUGGCUGCGGUGACUUGGCUCAAGGAUGGCGUGGAAAUUCGCCGCAGCAAGCGGCACCAGACAGCCAGUCUGGGGGACACGCACACCCUGACCAUACGCGGUGCCCAGACCCUGGACAGUGCGGUCUACAGUUGCCGCGUGGGCGCCAAAGGGCAGGACUUCCUGGUGCAGGUGGAAGAGGUGGCUGCCAAAUUCUGCCGGCCCCUGGAGCCGGUGGUCGGGGAGCUGGGAGGCACCGCAACACUGGCCUGUGAGCUGAGCCCGGCACAGGCCGAGGUGCUGUGGCGCUGUGGGAGCACACAGCUCCGGGCCGGCAAGCGUUUCCAGAUGGCGGCCGAGGGGAGCAGGCGCUCACUCACCUUGUUGGGCCUGCGGGUGGAGGAUGCAGGAGAGUACGUGUGCGAGACUCGCGAUGACCGCACCAGCGCCAGGCUCUGUGUCCGAGUCCCCCGUGAGGUCAAGUUCACGUCUGGGCUGAGCACCGUGGUUGCAGAGGAGGGCCACGAGGCCACCUUCCAGUGCAUGGUGACCCCCAGCGACGCAGUAGUCACGUGGUUGCAGGACGGCUCCCAGCUGCAGCCCAGCGAGAAGUUUAUCAUCUCACAGAGCGGCGCCAGCCACAGUCUGACCAUCUUGGGACUGGCCCUGGAGGACGCAGGCCAGAUCACCGCAGAGGCUGAGGGCGUCACAUCCGUGGCUGCCCUCCGGGUCCGAGAGGCUCCGGUCCUGUUCAAGAAGAAGCUGGAGCCGCAGACCGUGGAGGAGUGGGGCUCGGUGACCAUGGAGGUGGAGCUGACAAAGCCCUGGCCAGAGGUCAAGUGGACGCGAAACGCUGUUGCCCUGGCCCCAGGCGAGAACGUGGUGAUCUAUGCCGAGGGCGCAAGUCACCGCUUGGUCCUCCGCAGAGUGGGUUUCGCUGACCGCGGCUUCUAUGGUUGCGAGACCCCAGACGACAAGACACAGGCCAAGCUCACCGUAGAAAUGCGCCAGAUCAGGCUCAUGCGGGGCCUGCAGGCGGUGGAGGCAUGGGAGCAGGCUUCUAUCACCAUGGAGGUGGAGCUGUCGCACCCCGACGUGGAGGGCAGCUGGACGCGCGAUGGCCUGCGGCUCCAGCCAGGGCCCACAUGCCAACUGGCCGUGCAUGGUUCUAUCCACACCCUUACGCUGUCUCGGUUGCAACCGCAGGAUGGCGGCCUCAUCGCCUUCAAGGCAGAGGGCGUGCACACAUCUGCACGGCUUGUGGUCACUGAGCUGCCUGUGAGGUUCAUCCGCUCACUGCAGGACGUGGUGGCCACAGAGAAGGACAAAGUGACCCUAGAAUGUGAGCUGUCGCGCCCCAAUGUGGACGUGCGCUGGCUAAAGGAUGGUGUGGAGCUGCAGGUGGGCAAGAUGGUGAGCAUGGUGGCCCAGGGUACCUGCCGGACUCUCAUCAUUUACCAGUGUGUGCUUGGGGACCAGGGCAUGUACAUGUGUGACGCCCAUGAUGCUCAGACCUCGGCCUCUCUGAAGGUGCAAGCCCGCAAUGUCCAGAUCGUGAGGCCCCUGGAGGAUGUGGAAGUGAUGGAGAAGGAGGGCGCCACCUUCUCCUGUGAGGUCUCCCAUGAUGAGGUGCCAGCCCAGUGGUUCUGGGAGGGCAGUAAACUUCGGCUCAGUGACAACGUGCGCAUCCGCCAGGAAGGAAGAACAUACACACUCAUCUACCGAAGGGUCCUGGCGGAAGAAGCAGGAGAAAUCCGAUUUGUAGCUGAAAAUGCAGAAUCACGAGCCCAGCUCCGAGUGAGAGAGCUGCCGGUGUCCAUCCUGCGCCCACUGCGUGACAAGAUUGCUAUGGAGAAGCACCGCGGUGUACUCGAGUGCCAGAUGUCGCGGGCCAGCGCCCAGGUGCGGUGGUAUAAGGGUGGCGUGGAACUGCGGCCUGGGCCCAAGUAUGAGAUGGUCAACGAUGGCCUUUACCGCAAGCUGGUCAUCAACGACGUGCAGCCCGAAGACGAGGACACUUACACCUGUGAUGCGAGCGAUGUGAAGACCAGUGCCCAGCUCUUCGUGGAAGAGCAAUCCAUCACCAUCGUGCGGGGCCUGCAGGACGUGACGGUGAUGGAGCCCGCCCCUGCCUGGUUUGAGUGCGAGACCUCCAUCCCAUCUGUUCGGCCGCCCAAGUGGCUGCUGGGCAAGACAGUGCUACAGGCGGGGUCGGACGUGGGCAUGGAACAGGAGGACACGGUGCACCGGCUGACGCUGCGGCGCACCUGCUCCACCAUGACUGGGCCAGUGCACUUCACCAUCGGCAAGUCGCGCUCCACAGCCCGCCUGGUGGUCUCAGACAUCCCGGUAGUGCUCACGCGGCCGCUGGAGCCCAAGGCAGGGCGCGAGCUGCAGUCUGUAGUCCUGUCCUGCGACUUUAAACCGCCUCCCAAGGCGGUGCAGUGGUACAAGGAGGACACGCCCCUGACACCGUCUGACAAGUUCAGGAUGAGUCUGGAGGGCCACAUGGCGGAGCUGCGCGUACUGCGGCUCACGCCUGCUGAUGCUGGCAUCUACCGGUGCCAGGCUGGCAGCGCCCAGAGCAGCGCCGAAGUCACCGUGAAAGCGCGGGAGGUGACGGUGACGCAGCCGCUGCAGGACGCUGAGGCCAUGGAGGAGGGCCGCGCCUGCUUCUCGUGCGAGUUGUCCCACGAGGAUGAGGAGGUGGAGUGGUCGCUCAACGGGACACCCCUCUACAACGACAGUUUCCAUGAGAUCACCCAUGAGGGUCGCCGCCACUCGCUGGUGCUGAAGCGGGUUCGGCAGACGGAUGCGGGCACCGUGUGUGCCUCCUCCCCCAAGGUGAUGGCUUCUGCCCGCCUGGAGGUCAGAAUGAAGCCGGUGGUGUUCCUGAAGGCGCUCGAUGAUGUGUCCGCAGAGGAGCGGGGCACUCUGGCCCUGCAGUGUGAGGUCUCAGACCCUCAGGCCCGCGUGGUGUGGCGCAAGGACGGCGUGGAGCUGGGUCCCAGUGACAAGUACGACUUACUGCACACGGCGGGCACGCACGGGCUAGUGGUGCACGACCUGACCCGGGAUGACUCCGGCCUGUACACUUGCCACCUGGACAACGAGGAGACACGGGCGCGCGUCAGUGUGCACGACCUGCAUGUGGGCAUCACCAAGAGGCUGAAGACGGUGGAGGUGCUGGAGGGUGAAGGCUGCAGCUUUGAGUGUGUCCUGUCCCACGAGGACACUGGCAACACAGCCAUGUGGAUGAUCGGCGGGAAGACCGUGGGCACCUCCGGCCGCUUCCGGGCCACACGCCAGGGCCGCAAGUACACCCUGGCUGUGCGAGAGGCGGUGCUGGGUGACGCCGGGGAGGUGGUCUUCUCCGUGAGGGGCCUCACCUCCAAGGCCUCACUCAUUGUCAGAGAGAGGCCAGUGGACAUCAGGAAGCCUCUGGAGGACCAGCGGGCCUCAGUAGGCGAGGAUGCGGUGCUGAGCUGUGAGCUGUCACGGGCAGGCACCACGGUGCGCUGGCUGAAGGAUGGGAAGGCCAUUCGCAAGAGUCAGAAGUAUGAUCUGUUCAGUGAGGGCACGCGGGCUGUGCUGGUCAUCCGCGCGGCCUCGCUCAAGGAUUCUGGCGAGUACACAUGCGAGACCGAAGUUUCUAAGAGCACAGCCAGCCUCCAUGUGGAAGAAAAGGCAAACCGGUUUACUGAGGAGCUGGCUGAUCUGCAGGUUGAGGAAAAGGGCACGGCCAUGUUCACCUGCAAAACGGAGCACCCCGCGACUGUGGUGACCUGGCGCAAAGGCCUCUCAGAGCUACGCGCCUCAGGGAAGCACAUGCCCAGCCAGGAAGGCACGACAUUGAGGCUCACCAUCAGCGCCCUGGAGAAGGUGGACAGUGACACCUAUACCUGUGACAUUGGCCAGACGCAGUCCCAGGCGCGGCUCCUGGUGCAAGGUCAGAGAGUACUCAUCACAGAGGACCUGGGAGACGCUGAGGUGCAGGAGGGCUCCUCAGCCACCUUUAGCUGCCGCAUCUCCCCCGCCAACUACGAGCCCGUCCGCUGGUUCCUGGACAAGACUCCCCUGUAUGCCAAUGAGCUCAACGAGAUCGAGGCCCAGCCUGGUGGCUACCAUGUGCUCACCCUACGGCAGCUCGCACUCAAGGACUCAGGCACUGUUUACUUUGAAGCGGGUGACCAGCAGUCCUCAGCUGCCCUGAGGGUCACAGAGAAGCCAGGCAUCUUCUCCCGAGAGCUCACGGAUGCCACAGUCAUAGAGGGGGAGGAUCUGACCCUUGUCUGUGAGACUGUUGCCCCAGAUAGCCCUGUGCGCUGGACCAAAGAUGGGAAAGCCCUGCGGCCAUCGGCCCGGUGCCAGUUGAGCCGUGAGGGCCACCGGGCCCAGCUGAUCAUCACUGACACCACCCUGCAGGAUGGUGGGCGCUACAAGUGUGAGGUUGGGGGUGUCUGGAGCAGCUCCAUCAUCAGGGUCCAUGCACGGCCGGUGCGGUUCCGGGAGGGGCUGAAGGACAUGGAGGUGCUGGAGGGCGGUGCCGCCACACUGCGCUGUGUACUGUCAUCUGUGGCCGCACCCGUGGAGUGGCACCAUGGAGAUGAGGUUCUGCAGCCAGGAAGCAAGUAUAGUGUACGGCAGGAGGGCGCCGUGCUGGAGCUGGUGGUCCGGGACCUGCAGCCCCAGGACAGUGGGCAGUAUGCCUGCUGCUUCGGGGAUCAGACGACCUCAGCCACACUCACUGUGAAGGCUCUGCCUGCUGAGUUCAUAGGAAGAAUGAGAGGCAAGGAGGCCAUGGAAGGAGUCAUCCUGAGGCAGGAUGGGGCCGUGUGUGAGCUGGAGAUCCGGGGCCUGGCUGUGGCCGACGCUGGAGAGUACUCGUGUGUGUGUGGGCAAGAGAGGACCUCGGCCACACUGUCCAUCAGGGUGCUGCCCCCUAAGUUCACAAAGGGUCUGAAGAAGGAAGAGGCCACAGAAGGGGCCACGGCCACACUGCGCUGCGAGCUGAGCAGGCCUGCCCCCGUGGAGUGGAGGAAGGGGCCCGAGACCCUCAGAGCUGGGGACAGAGUCAUCCUGAGGCAGGAUGGGGCCGUGUGUGAGCUGGAGAUCCGGGGCCUGGCUGUGGCCGAUGCUGGGGAAUACUCGUGUGUGUGUGGGCAGGAGAGGACCUCGGCCACGCUGAUCAUCAGGGCCCUGCAGGUAGUAUUCAGGGAACCCCUACGGAGCCUGCAGGCUGAGGAGGGCGGCCUGGCCACCCUUCGGUGUGAGCUGUUGGAGCCCAGCACUGUGGUCUGGAGCAAAGCCGGGCUUGAGCUGCAGGAGGACGAGCGCCAUGAGCUACGUCAACAGGGCCGCGUGAUGGAGCUGGUGCUGCGAGACCUGCGCAGGGAGGAUGCCGGCGAGUACACAUGCACCUGUGGCUCCCAGGCCACCAGCGCCACCCUCGCUGUCACAGCUGCGCCCGUGCAGUUCCUGCAGGAGCUGCAGGCCCAGGAGGUGGAUGAGGGUGCUACGGCCCGCCUGUGCUGCAAGCUGAGCCGGGCAGGUGCCAGUGUGGAGUGGCGCAAGGGCUCGCUGCAGCUCUUCCCCUGUGCCAAGUACCAGAUGAUGCAGGAGGGUGCAGCCGUGGAGCUGCUGGUGCUGAGUGCUGAGCAGGAAGACGCUGGUCACUACACCUGCGACACAGGCCACGCACAGAGCACUGCCAGCCUCUCAGUCCGCGCCCCCAGGCCCAUAUUCCAGACCGAACUGCAGGGCACGGAGCAGGAAGUGGGUGGUGUGGCACAACUGUGCUGUCAGCUGAGCAAGGUGGAGCCUGGGGCUCCCGUGCAGUGGCUCAAAGAGGGCACGGAACUGCGUGCAGGCCCCAAGUACGAGAUGCGUUACCAGGGGGCCACGUGUGAGCUGCUGAUCCAUGGGCUCGAGGCCAGGGACACGGGCGAGUAUGCCUGCGUGGUGGGUGGCCAGAAAACCUUGGCCUCUGUCAAGGUCAGAGAGCCCGAGGUGACCAUAGUGCGGGGUCUGCUCGACGCCGAGGUGCAGGCUGACGGGGAGGUGGAGUUCAGCUGCGAGGUGUCACGCGCUGGUGCCACGGAUGUGGAGUGGCGCCUCCAGGGCCUGCCGUUGCAGAGCAAUGAGGUGACAGAGGUGGCUGUGCGGGGUGGCCACACCCACACACUGCGGCUGAAAGGCGUGACACCAGAGGAUGCAGGCACCAUUUCCUUCCACGUGGGUCUCCACAUGUCCUCCGCCCAGCUCACCGUCCGAGCCCCUGAGGUGACCAUCCUGGAGCCCCUGCAGGAUGUGCAGCUCAGCGAGGGCCAAGACGCCCACUUCCGGUGCCGGUUGUCCAGAGCCUGCAGCCAGGAGGCCCGCUGGGCCCUGGGAGGGGUGCCCCUGCAGGCCAAUGAGAUGAACGACAUCACAGAGGAGCAUGGCACAUUGCACUCCCUCACCCUCCAUAAGGUGACCCUCGAGGAUGCCGGAACCAUCAGUUUCCAAGUGGGCUUAUGUAGCUCAGAGGCCCAGCUGAAGGUCACAGCCAAGAACACUGUGGUGCGGGGCCUGGAGAACGUGGAGGCGCUAGAGGGUGGCGAAGCGCUGUUCGAGUGCCAGCUGUCACAGCCAGAGGUGGCCGCCCACACCUGGCUGCUGGACGACGAGCCCGUGCGCACCUCCGAGAACACCGAAGUGGUUUAUUUUGAGAAUGGCCUGCGGCACCUGCUGCUGCUCAAAAACUUGCGGCUGCAGGACAGCUGCCGGGUGACCUUCCUGGCUGGGGAUGUAGUGACAUCAGCGUUCCUCACCGUCAGAGGGUGGCGCCUGGAAGUCUUGGAACCCCCGCGGGACGCGGUCGUGCGGAUGGGAGGGCAGGCCCACUUCAGAUGUGUGCUCAGCGAAGCGGUGCCAGUGGGUGAGGCGACCUGGUACAUCAACGGGGCGGCAGUGCAGCCGGAUGAAGCCGACUGGACGGUCACUGCCGAGGGCAGCCACCACGCACUACUGCUGCGGUGCGCCCAACCGCACCAUGCCGGAGAGGUCACCUUCGCCGCCCGCGACGCAGUAGCCUCUGCGCGGCUCACCGUACUGGGCCUCCCCGACCCCCCGGAGGAUGCCGAGGUGGUGGGGCGCAGCGGCCGCUCCGUGACACUGUCUUGGGUGGCCCCCGCAAGCGACGGUGGAGGGGGUCUCUGUGGCUACCGGGUGGAGAUGAAGGCGGCAGCCACCGGCGAGUGGCGGCUGUGCCACGAGCUGGUGCCGGGGCCUGAGUGCGUGGUGGACGGUUUGGCCCCCGGGGAGACCUACCGCUUCCGCGUGGCGGCCGUGGGCCCCGCUGGCGUUGGGGAGCCCGUGCACCUGCCCCAGAUGGUGAGGCUCGCAGAGCCCCUGGAGCUCGCGUCUUUGUCCUCCGCUCCAGAGAGCCGGCAGGUGUCCGCCGGCGAGGACCUGCGUCUGGAGUGCGAGGUGGCGGAGGCGGGUGAGGUUGUCUGGCUGAAGGGAACGGAGCGCAUCCAGCCCAGCAGACGCAUUCAGGUUCUCUGCCAGGGUCGACAGCACACACUGGUGAUCCGGGGCUUUUCCGCGGAGGACCAGGGCGAGUACCACUGUGGCCCUGCUGUGGACCCUGCCUCUGCCCGUGCCACCAACUUCCAGGUGGUGCUGACACCAGGAUCUGAGGAUGAGGCCCCUACGCAGCCCAGCCUGCCCCCUGAAGCAGCUCAGGAGGGCGACCUGCACCUGCUAUGGGAAGCCCUGGCCCGGAAACGCCGCAUGAGCCGUGAGCCCACGCUAGACUCAAUCAGCGAGUUGCCCGAAGAGGAUGGGCGCCUGCAGCGUCUGCAGCAAGAAGUAGAGGAGAUGGCCCCUGACCUCUCUGAGGACUACUCCACAGCUGACGAGCUGGCACGCACCGGUGAGGCUGACCUCUCACACACCAGCUCUGAUGACGAAUCCCGGGCAGGCACUCCUUCCCUGGUCACUUACCUCAAGAAGGCUGGUAGACCCAGCACCUCUCUACUGGCCAGCAAGGUCGGGGCUCCAGCAGCCCCCUCUGGGAAGCCACAGAAGCAGCAGGAGCAGCUGGCCACAGUGUGUCCACUGCUGGGAGACCUGAGUGCUGAGGACCUGGGUGACCCAUCCCUGGACAAGGCAGCUGUGAAGAUCCAGGCUGCUUUCAAGGGCUACAAGGUGCGAAAGGAGAUGAAGCAGCAGGAGGGGCCCAUGUUCCGCCACACAUUUGGGGACACUGAGGCACAAGUUGGGGACGUCCUACGUUUGGAGUGUAUGGUGUCCAGCAAGGCAGACGUGCGAGCCUGCUGGCUGAAGGAUGGCGUGGAGCUGACUGAUGGCCGUCACUACCACAUUGACCAGCUUGGGGAUGGCACCUGCUCUCUGUUGGUCACCGGCCUGGGCCAUGCUGAUGCUGGCUGCUACACCUGUCAGGUGAGCAGCAAGUUUGGCCACGUGGUCCACAGCGCUCACGUGGUGGUCAGCGGGACCGAGAGUGAGGCUGAGAGCUCCUCCAGCAAUGAACUAGACGAUGCCUUCCGCCGAGCAGCCCGGCGGCUGCACCGCCUCUUCCGCACCAAGGGCCCAGCGGAGGUUUCAGAUGAGGAGAUCUUCCUGAGCGCAGAUGAGGGCUCGCUGGAGCCCGAGGAGCCUGGGGACUGGCAGACAUACCGCGAGGACGAGCACUUGAUCCUCAUCCGCUUCGAGGCACUGGCCGAGGCCCACCAGGCGGCCGCCCGCUUCCGGGAGAUGUUCGGCACACUGGGCAUCGGGGUGGACAUCAGCCUGUCAGAGCAGGGGCCCCGGGGGGUGGAAAUGCGCAUCGCCAAGGUGUCCCUUGUUCCUGCAGCACCUCCAGAGCCAGUGCCAAGCUUGCUGACCACAGAGACUGCCCCAGUGUUCCUAACUGAGCUGCAGAAUCAGGAGGUGCAGGACGGGUACCCCGUGAGCUUCGACUGUGUGGUGAUGGGCCAGCCCAUGCCCAGCGUGCGCUGGUUCAAGGAUGGGAGGGUGCUGGAGGAGGACGACCACUACAUGAUCAGUGACGACCAGCAGGGCGGCCACCAGCUCAUCAUCACAGCUGUGGUGCCAGCAGACAUGGGGGUCUACCGCUGCCUGGCUGAGAACAGCGUGGGAGUGUCCUCCACCAAGGCUGAACUCCGUGUGGACCUGACCAGCACCGACUAUGACACUGCCGCGGAUGCCACGGAGACCUCGUCCUACUUCAGCGCCCAAGGCUACCUGUCCAGUCGUGAGCAGGAGGGCGCAGAGUCUACGUCAGAGGAGGGGCAGCUGCCCCAGGUGGUGGAGGAGCUGAAAGACCUCCAGGUGGCUCUGGGCAUGCGCCUGGCCAAGUUCCAGCUCAAGGUGAAAGGCUACCCGGCACCCCGCCUCUACUGGUUCAAAGAUGGGCAGCCCCUGGCAGCUUCUGCGCACAUCCGUAUGGUGGACAAGAAGACGCUGCACACCCUGGAGAUCCUCUCAGUCACCAGCGAGGACGCCGGCCAGUACUCAGCCUAUGUCAGCAAUGCCGUGGGUGCCGCCUACUCAUCUGCUUGGCUGCUGGUUCGAGGCCCCAAUGACUCAGAAGAGAAGCCGGCAGCAGAUGUGCAGAAGCUAGUGCCACCCCGAUUCCUGGAGAAGUUCACCUCCAAGAAGGUGAAGAAGGGCUCCAGCAUCACUUUCUCUGUGAAGGUCGAAGGUCUCCCCACCCCAGCUGUGCACUGGCUGAGGGAGGAGGCGGAGCAGGUACUGUGGAUCUGCCGGGACACACCGGGCUACACGGUGGCCAGCUCAGCCCAGCAGCACAGCUUGGUCCUGCUGGAUGUGGGCCGACAGCACCAGGGCACCUAUACUUGCAUCGCUUCCAAUGCUGCUGGCCAGGCCCUCUGUUCUGCCAGCCUGCACGUCUCUGGCCUGCCCAAGGAGGUGGGGACAGCAGGGGAACUGACUGGGAUGAAGGAGGCCCUCAUUUCCACCUUCCUGCAGGGGACCCAAGCCACAUCUACACAGAUGCCAGAACCUGCAGGUUUCGCCGACCUUGCCGGGCAGAGGAAAGGAGAGCCCCUGGCAGCUGAGGCCCGUGGCCACCUGUCCCUGGCUGAGGUGGGCACGGAGGAGUUCCUGCAGAAGCUGACCUCACAGAUCACAGAGAUGGUGUCAGCCAAGAUCACGCAGGCCAAGUUGCAGGUGCCCGGAGGUGACAGUGACGAGGAGUCCAAGACCCCAUCUGCGUCCCCCCGGCAUGGCCGCUCACGCCCCUCCUCCAGUGUCCAGGAGUCAUCCUCAGAGUCAGAGGACGGGGAUUCCCGGGGAGAGAUCUUUGACAUCUACGUGGUCACGGCCGACUACCUGCCCCUGGGGGCCGAACAGGAUGCCAUCUCCCUGCGGGAGGGCCAGUACGUGGAGGUGCUGGACUCGGCCCACCCACUUCGCUGGCUUGUGCGUACCAAGCCCACCAAGUCCAGCCCCUCGCGGCAGGGCUGGGUGUCACCUGCCUACCUGGACAAAAGACUCAAGCUGUCGCCCGAAUGGGGCCCCGCCGAGGCCCCUGAGUUUCCCAGGGAGGCUGUGUCCGAGGAUGAGUACAAGGCGCGGCUGAGCUCUGUCAUCCAGGAGCUGCUGAGCUCCGAGCAGGCCUUCGUUAGCAGCCUGCAGUUCCUGCAAGGCCACCACAUGCAGCACCUGGACUGCUGUCCCCACGCGCCCACUGCGGUGACCAGCCAGAAGGCUGUCAUCUUCCGCAACGUGCAGGACCUCAGCAACUUCCACAACAGCUUCCUACAGGAGCUACAGAGCUGCGACACAGAUGACGAUGUGGCCAUGUGCUUCAUCAAGAACCAGGUGGCCUUCGAGAAGUAUCUGGAGUUCCUGGUGGGCCGAGUGCAGGCUGAGUCGGUGGUGGUCAGCACAGCCGUUCAGGAGUUCUACAAGAAAUACACAGAGGAGGUGCUGUCAGCCGCCAAUCCCUCACAGCCACCCCCGCCACCGCUACAGCACUUCUUGGAGCAGCCAGUGCAGCGAGUCCAGCAGUACCAGUCCCUGAUCAAGGAGCUGAUCCGCAACAAGGCGCGGAACCGGCAGAACUGCGCGCUGCUGGAGCAGGCCUAUGCAGUGGUGUCGGCCCUGCCACAGCGCGCCGAGAACCAGCUGCAUGUGUCACUCAUGGAAAACUACCCGGGCACCCUGGAGGCCCUGGGCGAGCCCAUCCGCCAGGGCCACUUCAUCGUGUGGGAGGGAGCUCCAGGUGCACGCAUGCCCUGGAGGGGCCACCACCGCCACGUCUUCCUGUUCCGACACCACCUUGUGGUCUGCAAGCCCAGGCGGGACUCGCGCACCGACACCUUCAGCUAUGUGUUCCGGAACAUGAUGAAGCUGAGUAGCAUUGACCUGAACGAGCAGGUGGAGGGCGAUGACCGUGCCUUCGAGGUAUGGCAUGAGCGGGAGGACUCAGUGCGCAAGUACCUGCUGCAGGCACGGACCGUCAUCACCAAGAAUGCCUGGGUGAAGGAGAUCUGUGGCAUCCAGCAGCGCCUGGCCCUGCCCGUCUGGCGCCCCCCAGAUUUCGAGGAAGAGCUGGCUGACUGCACAGCCGAACUGGGUGAAACAGUCAAGCUGGCCUGCCGUGUGACAGGCAUGCCCAAGCCCAUCGUCAGCUGGUACAAAGAUGGGAAGCCAGUGGAGGUGGACCCUCACCACAUCCUCAUCGAAGACCCCGACGGCUCAUGCACCCUCAUCCUGGACAACCUGACUGGCAUUGACUCUGGCCAGUACAUGUGUUUUGCAGCCAGUGCUGCUGGCAAUGCCAGCACCCUGGGCAAGAUCCUGGUGCAGGUCCCACCACGGUUUGUGAACAAGGUCUGGGCAGUGCCUUCUGUGGAGGGAGAGGAUGCCCAGGUCACCUGCACCAUUGAAGGCACCCCAUACCCUCAGUUCAGAUGGUACAGGGAUGGGGUCCUACUGACCCCUGGCGGCAAGUACCGGACCCUGAGUGAGCCACGCAGCGGCCUACUGGUGCUGGAGAUCCGGGCAGUCAGCAAGGAGGACCUGGGCUACUAUGAGUGCGAGUUGGUGAACCGGCUGGGCUCGACGCGGGGUGGCGUGGAGCUGUCCCUACAGAGCCCAGCACUUCGGACCCAGGAAGAGCACUGCCAGGAGCGCAUUGCUGUGGUGGAAGUCACCGAACAGGAGACUAAAGUCCCCAAGAAAACCGUCAUCAUAGAGGAGACCAUCACCACCGUGGUGAAGAGCCCCCGUGGCCGCCGCCGGUCCCCCAGCAAGUCUCCCUCCCGCUCGCCCUCCCGCCGCCCAGCCAGCCCAUCCAGGGCAGGCCUGCUGGCCCCAGAGCUGUAUUCGCCGGGGGUUGGUCAGCCCCGAAGGCCCACGGCGGAGCCAGGCUGGAGGCCCACUGUGCCCACACUGUACGUGACGGAGCCCGGGGCCCACAUGCCAGCCAUGUCCAGGGGCACUGGGCCCCCGCCCAAGUGGGUAGAGGUCGAGGAGACCAUCGAAGUCCGGGUGAAGAAAACAGGCUCAAGGGGUGUGUCUCCAGCCAGAGAGGUGCCUGGCAACUCGGCAGGGCUUCUCUUCAUGUUGCCUGGCGGGACCCCCAAAGGAGACCCCAACACGAACAACUCCAACAACAAGCUGCUGGCCCAGGAGCCCACAGCCCAGGGCAGAGCUGUAGGCAGCGUUGGUGAACCCCUCAUCUUCCAUGUGGAUGCCGGGCCAGAGACCUCUGAGCUGUCCCCUUCGGGGGCUGCUGAAGAAGAGGGCCUCCUGGAGGAGGAGGGGAGCAGUGCUCACCUGAGGGAGGAGCCCCUCGGCGCCCAUAAUCUUUGGGACCGUGACCCCAAGAUCCUCAAGCACGAUGGCCGGGUGUUGACACUGGCAGACCUGGAGGAUUACGUGCCCCAGGAAGGGGAGAACUUCGGCUGUGGGAGCCCCAUGCCCAGUGCUUCCGACGACCCGCCCUGUGAAGUCUCAGUGCUCCAGAGAGAGAUCAGCGAACCCACUGUGGGGCGGCCCAUCCUGCUCAACGUGGGGCUCCCACCAGCCCCCCAAAUCCCACCAGGCUUCUUCAGCUGCCUCCCCAGGAAGGCAGCUCGGCCAGGGCCCCAGGUCCUUGGCCCCUCAGUCUCCUGUGUGCGGGAAGCUCGGGCUGGAGGCACUGCGUCCUGGAAGCCAUCCUUCUGCACCGGGGUCCAGCGUUCUUCAGACAGUGGCCAGAGCAGCUUCAAAACAGAGGUUUCCACCCAGACAGUCAGCUUUGGGACAGUGGGUGAGCAGGUCACCCUGCACAUCCGGCCGGAUGAGGACGACUGCUCCAGCCCCUCCCAGGCAACUCAGGGCUCCAGCUGCCCAUCCUCCUGCCCAGCCAGCACUUCCUACCUCACAGGGCGGAAGCAGGGCAGCUCGCCUGACCACCCUGCUCACACACAGGCUCGGGAGCUGGUCACAGGUGCACAUGGUGUGACCACCCCUAGUGGUUGUUCUCAGCCUGCCACCAGUGAGCAGGCCUUCCUGCCUCCUGUGCAGUGGGCUGUUGUCAGGACAGACAAGGCAGAUGCUGCCGUUCCACCCCCAGUGGCCCUGGAGCAAGCGAACCAGCAGAUCAUGCCUGUCCCGAUGACACUGGUGGGCCCUGAGGCUCCAGUACCCUCUUCAGGGCACCAAGCCAGCCCCAGUCCUGGGGAACCGCCGGCACACCAGGAGUCCAGUCCCCAGCCCCCAGGCACUGAGGUUGUGGAGGAAUCUGGCCCCGGCCUCCCACCAGCCGAGCCUGGGAAGGUGCCACAGCCCCUACCCCAUGCGAGCUGGGAGCAGAACUUGGGGCUCCCCACUGUGGCUCAGGGACGCAUCGUGCCCAUAAGAAGUGGAGUGGUGGAGCAGACAACUCACCCCAUGCACUGCUCCAGGGUGGAGGACGCAGCCUGGCCAGGGACAGGGGCCACAGAGCUCUGGGAUGUCCAAAGCCACGUGUUCACAGAGACCACGCACCGGACAUACGUGUACCAAGCCAGCGACUCGGAUGCCGCAAGACCGCCAUCCAUGCAGGUCACCAUCGAGGAUGUGCAGGCACAGAGGGGCAGCACUGCGCAGUUCCAGGCAGUCAUUGAGGGCAACCCGCAGCCCACGGUGACCUGGUACAAGGACAGCGUCCAGCUGGUGGAUGGCGUCCGGCUCAGUCAGCAGCAGGAAGGGACCACCUACUCCCUGGUGCUGAGGAACGUGGACCAGCAAGAUGCCGGUGUCUACACCUGCCUGGCCCAAAACGCUGGCGGCCAGGUGCUGUGCAAGGCGGAGCUGCUGGUGCCUGGGGGGGUCAGUGAGCCGGACUUGGAGAAGCAAAGCUAUCGCAGGAAACUGCUCUCCUUCUACGACGUCAAGGAGGAAAUUGGGAGGGGCGUGUUCGGCUUCGUGAAGAGGGUGCAGCAUAAGGGCAAUCAGAUGUCCUGCGCCGCCAAGUUCAUUCCCCUUCGGAGCAGGACGCGUGCCCAGGCGUACCGCGAGCGCGACGUGCUGGCCGCGCUGAGCCACCCACUGGUCACCGCGCUGCUGGACCAGUUCGAGACCCGCAAGACCCUCAUCCUCGUCCUGGAGCUGUGCUCAUCGGAGGAGCUACUGGACCGCUUGUUUAAGAAGAGCGUGGUGACAGAGGCUGAGGUGAAGGUCUAUAUCCAGCAGCUGGUGGAAGGGCUGCACUACCUGCACACCCAUGGCAUUCUCCACCUGGAUAUAAAGCCCCCCAACAUCCUGAUGGUGCAUCCUGCUCGGGAAGACAUUAAAAUCUGCGACUUCGGCUUUGCCCAACAUAUAACCCCUGGGGAGCCACAGUACAGCAAGUACGGGUCCCCUGAGUUUGUGUCCCCUGAGGUCAUUGAGCAGACGCCGGUGAACGAGGCCUCUGACAUCUGGGCCAUGGGGGUCAUCUCCUACCUCAGCCUGACCUGCUCAUCGCCGUUUGCUGGUGAGAGUGACCGGGCGACCCUCCUCAACGUGUUGGAGGGGCGGGUGUCCUGGAGCAGCCCUAUGGCUGUGCACCUCAGCCAGGAUGCCCAGGACUUUAUUAAGGCCGCCCUGCAGAGGGCCCCAGGAGCCCGUCCCAGUGCAGCCCAGUGCCUCACCCACCCCUGGUUCCUGAAGUCGGUGCCGGCAGAGGAGGCUCACUUCAUCAACACCAAGCAGCUGAAGUUCCUCCUGGCCCGCAGCCGCUGGCAGCGCUCCUUAAUGAGUUACAAGUCCAUCCUGGUGAUGCGCUCCAUCCCAGAGCUGCUCCAGGGCCCACCGGACAGCCCAUCUCUUGGAGUGGCCCGGCACCUGCGCAGUGACACCAGCGCCUCGUCCAGCAGCUCCUCCUCUUCUGACAAUGAGCUGGCACCCUUUGCUCGGGCCAGGUCGCUACCGCCCUCCCCAGUGACCCACUCCCCGCUUCUGCACCCACGGGGCUUCCUGCGGCCUUCAGCCAGUCUCCCAGAGGAAGCCGAGUCCUGUCCGUCAGUUGAAGCCGCGCCUCCGCCCACAUCACCCAAGGGCGCAGAGCCACCAGCCUCCCCAGGCUGCAUACCCCGGCAGAGCGUCAUCCGCAGCUUGUUCUACCAGCAGGCAGGCGAGGGCCCAGAGCAGCAUGGGGGCCCGGCCACAGGCAGCAGGAGGCACCCAGUGCGCCGGCGGCACCUGCUCAAGGGCGGCUACUUUGCGGGCGCCCUACCUGGUCUGCGUGAGCCGCUGCUAGAACAUCGUGCACUGGAGGAGGAGGCUGCCCGGGAGGAGCAGGCUGCCCUGAUGGCCAAAAUGCCCUCCUUCGAGACCGCCCUGCAGCUGCCUGGCACUAGCUCCCGCGGAGGCCCCGGCAGAAGCCACUCCCUGGACCUCGACCAGCUACGUUCAGCCAGCCCCUCCACAGAGGCUUGCCAUGAGGGACAAUGUCCCACCCCUGCCCACUCAGGCCUCCAGGCGGCCCCAGGGGAGUGCAAGCCCAGAGAGGUCUCAGAUGCCAUGGAGACAGAGCAAACAGUGGAGUCCCAGCAGGAGCUGAGACUGUUUCCAUCCAUUGGUGGUGACCCAGGCUUUACUGAGCAAGAGGGGUUGUCCCAGAACAGCUGUGGGAAGCUGCAGGCGUCUUUCUGUCAUCCACAGCGGGGUCCUGCCCCCCAGGAAAGCUAUGCCCCCUCCUCAGCUGUUGCACCCCAAGCUCCUAGCUCCUUUCCUCCAGGGCACUGCCCAGAGGCCCUUUUGGCACCCCCAAACCUCUUCCUCUCUGGGGAGCUCCAGGCUUCCUUCUCACCAGCCCAAGCAAGCCCACAGCCAGGCUCUGAGAGGGGGCUGGAGACCACUCCUCUCCCCAGGAGGCCCAGACCCCCCAGCUCCCCAGGGCCAUCCUCACUGGCAGACACAGAGCCUAGCCCCUCCCUGGACACCAAGGACCUGGUCCAGGAGACAGAGGGCCCAUCUGAGUCUCAGGAGCAGGCGACCUCAUGGCAGUUCUCCCUGGGGUACAGAGGGGGCUACGCCGGGGUGGCUGGCUAUGGCACCUUCGCCUUCGGUGGGGAUGCAGGAGGCAUGCUGGGACAGGGGCCCCUGUGGGCCAGGAUGGCCUGGGCCACCUCUCAGUCAUUGGAGGAACAGGAUGAGGCAAGGGCCCAAAUCCCACCCCCUAAGGCCAGUGUGGCACCCCUGCCCAAGGGCAGCAGGGUUCCCCCAAGGGCCUCUCCAGAGUUGACCUCGUGGGAAGACUUUAGUGGGGGCUCCCAGGUGUCUCUGGUACAGAUCCAGGACCUAUCAGGGGACACAGAGGCUGCUGAUACUGUGUCCCUGGAUAUAUCAGAAGUGGAGCCUGCCUAUCUCAACCUAUCAGACCUGUAUGACAUCAAGUAUCUUCCCUUUGAGUUCAUGAUCUUCAGGAAGGUCCCUAAGCCAGAGCCACCACCCUCCCUUGCAUCGGAGGCCGGGGAGGAGCUGGCCGAGCUCCCAGAAACUGCGUGGCCCUGGCCAGGCAUGCUGGGCCUGCCUGCUGGCCUGGAGAUCACAGAGGAGCCGGAGGACAUGGAGGCUUUGCUUGGGAAGGCGGGGAGCAGCAGGAAGCACAAAUGGUCAUCCCCCUCCAGGGGCCUUCUGCGCUUCCCAGGGAGGCAGGUGCUGCUGGAGGAGCCUGCCGAGCUGGGGCUAUGCCAGAGGGUGAAGGCCUCAGUGGCCCACAUCUCCCGCCUCCUGAGGGGCAGGCCUGAAGGUUUGGAGGAGGGACCCCCCAGGAAGAAAGCAGGCCUAGCUUCCUUCCAGCUGUCAGGCCUGAAGAGCAGAGACCAAGCACCAUCCUUCCUAAGAGAGCUUGCUGACGAGACAGUGGUUCUGGGCCAGUCUGUGACUCUCGCCUGCCAGGUGUCAGCCCAGCCAGCUGCACAGGCCACCUGGAAUAAAGACGGGGUCCUUCUGGAGAGCAGCAGCCGCCUCCUCAUCUCCUCCACGCUCAAGAACUUCCACCUUCUGACCAUCCUGGUGGUGACUGCUGAGGACCUAGGCAUAUACACGUGUAGUGUGCGCAAUGCAUUGGGCAUGGCAGCCACCACGGCUGUCCUACGGCAGGCAGAGCGACCCUCGUCCUCCCCACGCCCAGACAUCGGGGAGGUAUAUGCAGAUGGGGUGCUGCUGGUCUGGAAGCCAGUGGAAUCCUAUGGCCCCGUGACCUACAUCGUGCAGUGUAGCCUAGAAGGUGGCAGCUGGAGUACGCUGGCCUCAGACAUCUUUGAUUGUUGCUACCUGGUCAGCAAGCUUUCGAGGGGCGGCAUGUAUACUUUCCGGACUGCGUGCGUCAGCAAGGCGGGCAUGGGCCCCUACAGCAGCCCCUCAGAGCAGGUCCUCCUGGGAGGGCCCAGCCACCUGGCCUCUGAGGAGGAGAGUGGCCCUGCAAAGCCUGCCCAGCCCCUCCCCAGCACGCAGACCUUCACCUUCCAGACACAGAUCCGAAGGGGUCGCUUCAGCGUGGUGCGGCAGUGCCGGGAGAAGGCCAGCGGACGCAUGCUGGCCGCCAAGAUUGUCCCCUACCGCCCCGAGGACAGGACUGCCGUGCUGCGCGAAUACGAGGCACUCAAGGGCCUGCGCCACCCGCACCUGGCUCAGCUGCAGGCUGCCUACCUCAGCCCCCGGCACCUGGUCCUCAUUUUGGAGCUGUGCUCUGGCCCGGAGCUGCUCCCCUGCCUGGCGGAGAGGGCCUCCUACUCGGAAUCCGAGGUGAAGGACUACCUGUGGCAAAUGCUGAGCGCCGCCCAGUACCUGCACGCGCAGCGCAUCCUGCACCUGGACCUCAGGUCCGAGAACAUGAUUGUCACCGAGUACAACCUGCUGAAGGUGGUCGACUUGGGUAACGCCCAGAGCCUCGCCCAAGAGAGGGUCCUGCCCACCGAGAGGUUCAAGGACUACCUGGAGACCAUGGCUCCAGAGCUCCUGGAAGGCCAGGGUGCUGUCCCGCAGACGGACAUCUGGGCCAUCGGCGUGACAGCGUUCAUCAUGCUGAGCGGCGAGUACCCGGUGAGCAGCGAGGGAACGCGCGACCUGCAGAAAGGCCUACGGAAGGGGCUAAUCCUGCUGAGCCGCUGCUACGCGGGGCUAUCCGGUGGCGCUGUGGCCUUCCUUCAGAGCACGCUGUGCGCGUACCCCUGGGGCCGGCCGUGCGCGUCCAGCUGCUUGCAGUGCCCAUGGCUGACUGAGGAGGGCCCAGCCAGCUUCCAGCCCUCAGCCGUGACCUUCCCCACUGCGCGGCUGCGCGCCUUUGUGCGCGAGCGUGAGAAGAGGCGGGCGCUGCUGUACAAGAAGCACAACCUGGUCCAGGUGCACUGAGUGCCUGGCCCUGCGGCUGGUGUGUGUGGAGGGCUGCCCUGCUGGGCUGCACCCCUGGCCUCCCCUCGGGACUCGCAGUAUAUGCACAGACACGCCAAUAAAAACCAGAACAGCAUGA